CUUUUGCGGCCGAUCCAAAUUUGUCUCCUCCCUGUGCCCGCUUCCUCCUCGUAGGCAUUUCCCCGAACACUCCACACGCGCCGCCAACCUCGCCCGCCGCCGUUCCGCCAUCGCCCCCGCUUCCCGGCUCAAGUACACCACCGGCUACCUCCGCCGCCGCCGCCAUGCAGAAGGUGCGGCUCAAGUGGGUGAAGAACCGAGGCCUGGACCACCUCAUCGCCCGCACCACCUCCAUCCGCUCGUCCUGCCUCCUGCUGGACUACCUCGCCCGGCAGCCGUCGCCCCCCGUGCCGGCGCGCGCCCUCGCGCGCUUCCAGAAGCCGCUCGGCCUCACCUUCCCGGUGCUCCGCUUCCUCCGCCGCCACCCGACCCUCUUCGCCGAGCAACCCCACCCUCGCUUCCCCUCCCUCCCGGCCUUCUCCCUCACGCCCGCCUCCGACAUCCUCCUCGCCCGCCUCGCCCGCGCCUCCGCCGCCGACUCCCACCUCCGCCUCGCGCGCCUCCUCCUCCUCACCCGCUCCAGGUCGCUCCCGCUGGCCUCCAUCCUCCCGCUCCGCUUCGACCUCGGCCUGCCCUACGACUUCGCCUCCGCCUUCCCCUCCGCGCACCCCGACCUCUUCACAGUCUCCAACAACCACAUCUCGCUCUCCACCUCCCACCUCCCGGAGGACAUCGCCGUAUCCUCCCUCCAGCGCCGCCACGCCGAGGCCAUCACGGGGGCGACCUACCGCGCCAUGUCCCGCUCGCCGUCCUCCUCACUCGCCCCCCUCGCGUUCCCGAUGCGCUUCCCGCGAGGGUACGGCGGGAUGAAGAAGGUCAAGGCCUGGAUGGAGGAUUUCCACAGGCUGCCUUACAUCUCGCCCUACGACGAUGCCUCGGGGAUCGACCCCGACAGCGACAUCUACGAGAAGAGGAACAUCGGGUUGCUGCACGAGUUGCUCGGCCUCAUGGUGCACAAGAUGGUGCGGAGGAACGCCAUCCGGCUGCUCCGGGAGGAGCUCGGCCUGCCUCACAAGUUCACGAGGCUGUUUACGCGGUACCCUGGGGUCUUCUACCUGUCGUUGAAGUGCAAGACGACCACGCUGGUGCUUCGCGAGGGGUACGAGCGGGGGAAGCUCGUGGAGCAGCACCCCCUUGCCGCGGUGAGGGACAAGGUGCACUAUGUGAUGCGCACUGGCGUGCUGUACCGUGGGAAGGGCUUGUCCAAGCUGGUUUUGGAUGAGGAUGACGAUGAAGAGGGUGCACUGGAUGGUGACAAGGAGUUUCAAGGGUACGGGAUGGAUGAGGAUGCUGAUGUUGAGUGCUUUGGAAUGGAGAUUGUGGACGAUGACGGGUCUGGUAUCGAGGACGAUGAUGAACAUGAUGGUUAUGAUGAUUAACAUGGGAUGGUGACUUGAGCUUGCCGAAUGCUGCUAGUUUGAGAUAAUGGGUGGUGGCUUUGGUCGAGAUUUCUCAACAGGCUUCAACUUAGUACCGGCAAAGUAGAGGUUUCCACUCACGGCUUUCAGCAACUUGGGUCAACUUAGUGCCUCCAGAAGACUGGUUUCAGAAGGCAAUCACAUACCACUGUGAGUUGCUAGUUCCAUAUGGUGUAGUAUACAUUGCCUUAUUGAGAUGUAGAAAGCUUCUUUAGAUUCUUAUUUUCUAUGGUUGUUUUAUAUCUGGAAGGUAAAAUCUAAAUGUAUGCCUAUGGCUCCCUCUGGUCUCUGGAUGGCAUGAGAUGUCAUAAGAGUCAUCAGGCUUCCAUAGCAAGCUAAAGUGAUGCUGACCAAGGAGCCUUUUGCAGUUUUCGCAGCUUUUGAAAGACAACUGAUUUGAGCUAGUCAUGAUCAUUCUGAACUCAUGUUCCCCCUUUCUUAUUUUCUUAAAAAUGGUGUAGUUUUUGUUAUUUCUGGAUUAGUUUUCCCUUGAAAUGAGAUCUGUUAUAUGUGACUUUCAAUGAUAACCUCAGAGGUUAUAAACAUAACUGUCAUAAUAAGAUCUGAAAUGCUCAUACACCGUUCCUACUUUCUUGUA